AUGUCCCAUCAAAUAACUCAACUUGUAAAGCUGAAAGAUAUUUCCAUCACUGAUGGUUAUGGAUAUUUAUUUCAUUGUUACCUCGAUUUCAUCCGACAGAAGAAGAGACAAGAUUUAACUAGAAGAAGGAUGGACGGUGGAUAUAAUCAUCAACAACAACAACAACUUCAACAACAACAACAUCAACAACAGCAACAACAACAACAACAUGAAAUGGAGUAUCAACAACAACUUCAACAACAGCAGCAACAACAACAACAACAACCAAUUGGCAUGCCAGUUUUGAUACCAAAUACAUUAUCAAAUUCAUACAGUGCAUUCAACUCUAUUGACGAUGCAAGUACUAAAAAGAGAAAGGUAAAGAAUGAAGAUGGUACCUAUACUGAGAUCUCGGGUUUAUCACCAGGAAACUUGCAACAAUCAGGUUCCUCAUUCUUGCUCGACACCUUUCAACAACAGAUUCAACAACAACAAAUGUCAUUCCAAUUCCAACAAGGUGCUCAAGGCAACAACAACAACAACAAUAAUAACAACAACCCACCUUCAUCUCCACAAUCAUCUGGUACAUUUAUUACAAAUCAACAACAACCAAUUAUAAUGGAACCUAUUCAACAUCAACAACAACAACCUAUGCAACAACAACCAGGAGGAGGAUAUCAAAUGACAGGUAUACCAGUUAUAUCGGUUACAGGUGCAAUGGGAUCAGCUGGAAAUCAGACGACGAUUACUAGUGCCAAUUUACUUGGCAACUUGUCACCUAGAGGGACACAGGGAUCGUUACAGUCUUCACCCAACCAUUCACCAUGCCAUUCGCCAUUGUUACCAUCGAGUGAUGGUGCCUAUUUGACACUCAACUCUGAGAAUGAAAGUAGCGAUCCGCUGUCGCCACUCACUUCGUUUGGUGACCGUGACCCUCCCUUUCACUGGACACAGUACCAACAAGAGACGUGGUACAAGACACUCAACACCAACGGCGAGGAGAUGCCUACCCCACAACUACAAAUCAUCGCAUCCAAGGGAUUCUCCUACAUCAACAGCAGCUGGGUCUACUGUCGUCGUAACCACUUCCAGCUCGACAUUACUGCCAGCUACCCCAAGCCACCUCAGACAUUUGACAUGUUUGGUAAUAUCAGCGGCGGCGGUGCCGCUGCACCCGGUCAACCCGAGCAGGCACCUUCGUACCUCAUCAUCAACGGUCAAAAGACACCCAUCAACGGCUUGACACUCACCAUCAAGGGUAUCAAGAACCGUCCCGAGUUGACUCAACCAGAACUCGAGGUGGAAUUGUUCCAAACAAACUCAAAGCGUGAAAAGCAGGGUGAGCACACUCCCAAGGCAGUUGCUAUCCAAUUCGGCUCGCUCGUGUCGAUCCAGCGUUUGCACUUUAGAAAGGCGACGCAAAACAAUGCACGUCGUAACGGUCAACCCAACCCACACCAAGAGUACAACCAGUUGGUCGUGUCGUUGUGGGGUCGUUGUAUGGCACAAGAGUACUGUAUCGUGUCGUACGUGUCACCCGCAUUGAUUGUGCGUACCGCCAUCAACUCGCCAUCCGUGUCACCAGCUGCCACCGAUCUCCCAUUGUCGCCUGCACACGACCCCAACUACCCCUCCUCUCCCCUCCCCUUUGGCGAUAUCACCACACUACGUAUCCACUCGCCUGCUCACUCUCCACGUCUCUCACUCAAUGUCUCUGGCAAUAAUCUUACUCCACUUGGUUCAACCACCUCUACCACCAAUACUAACCAAUUAUUGAGCGCAAACAACAAUCAUAACAACAACAAUAAUCAGAAUCAAAAUAAUAUUACUAGUUUAUUGGGAGCACCAAAUCUCAAUACAAUGAAAUUUGGAUCGUGUGAGUGGACAAAGGGAGAGUCUGAUCGUUCCAUUAUCUAUCAUGGAAAAGUUGGUGUCAAUGUUGAUAAUCCCACCUUUGCUCUUUCUGUAAAUGGUACAAUCUAUGCAUCCGAAGGUGUCUAUCAUCCAUCUGAUCUUAGAAUCAAAUAUGAUCUUCACCAAGUAGACACUAGAACCAAUCUUAGAAAUGUAAAUAGUAUGAAAAUUUAUGAUUAUAAACUUCAUCCAGAAUGGGUUUAUAUGAAUGGUAUGGAUCCAUAUGAAAAUCAAGAUAGAGGUAUUAUUGCUCAAGAAUUAAAGGAAAUAUUACCAGAAUCAGUAAAAACAAUUGGAAAUAGAGUCAUUAAUGGUCGAGAGAUUGAUAAUUUAUUGGUUAUUAAAAAUAAUGCUUUAAUGUAUGAAAAUAUUGGCGCAACUCAAGAAUUAUCAAAACAAAUUGAUCAAUUAAAAGAAGAAUUGAUCAUUUGUAAACAAGUUAUUAAUUCUCUUGAACAAAAAAAAACUAAAAAGUGUACAUUAUUAACCAUUAUUUUAACUUUGGUGGUUGUAUUUUUAAUGGUAUAUGUAUUAUUUGGCGCUAAUUUUGGAAAUCAUCAUUCAUCCUCUAAAGGAUCAAAUCAUCAUGAUCAUGGUUAUGAUGAAUCAACAGCUCAAUAUAUUAAUCCUUAUCAAGCCCCUCCUCGUCAUCAUAGUAAUCAUAAAAGAAAAGAAGAUUAA